AUGGCCCGCGGCCCCCAAAACCACAGCACAGAACCCCGAAGCAGCGACCCAACUCUAUCCCUCUACCUCCUCGUCUACGAAACCACCCCCAAUGACGAAUUCACCCUAACCCUAACAAACCCCGGCCUCCCCAUCGUCCCAAGCUCCCCCUUCUACCGAACCCUCCAAGACCUCUGGUCCCAGCACGGAAAUCGUGAUGCAACGCCUAGUGUGGGUCUGAUUCGAGCUGUUGCGGCGGAUAUUCAGCGGCAGCCGAGAUUGUGGAGUUUGUACGUUGAUUGA